UUUUAACUUUGUGCAUAUGUUUGGCAUUUGUAUUUGAUAAAUAAUACCACUUAAGAUUUCAAUAUGAUCAGUUAGAUGUCUAAUCAAUUGACUUUUCAAACGUUUCAGUGAUUAACGUGUCCAUACCUGCAGAUGUAUACCUGGUUUCCAGCAUGUCGUUACCAGCUCCGGCCACUAGAUGUCGCCACAUGCACAUAGAGCAGAUUGGCUUCUGCUGCUGAUUAUUAUAAUAUGUAAGGGGGAAUUAGGUAAUUAAUUGAAUGUAUCUGAUAAAUAAGUAACUGCUCGCUUGAUGCUCGAAAAAUAAAUAAGAAAAUGUAACAAUUCGACAAAAAGGAUGAGACAAUUAGUUAAGAUGUGUAAGUUUAGUGUGCAAUAAAAAUCCUGCACAGGUUUUAUUUGAGAUAUCGGAUCCUAAUCCUUACGAUGACAGACGCAGUGUCCACCUGUCGGGGGUGAGGGGGGCGGGGGCGUGGAGGAGGGGUGGAGUCCAGACAGGCGUAUAGACUCCUACCGGAACAGAGCUCAGUCUGGAGGGUGAUGAGCUCCGCCGCCGCAGCAGCUCGACGCACCUGUCCUCCGGUCCCCGUGAAGCUCCCGAGUCGAGCUAGCCGCUCUACCGGCGUCAUCCCGUUGUGUUCCGGCCCCAUGGAGGCCGCGGUGCUGACCCACAACGCGAUGCCGGAGCUGGAUUGCAACAGCAACACCGUGAACGCCGAGCUGGAGGUGAAGAAGCUGCAGGAGCUCGUGCGCAAACUGGAGCGGCAGAACAAGCAGCUGCGGACCCGCUGCUCGUCCCCGACCUCGGCGUGCACGCUGGGCACCGCCGGGGGAUACCGGCUCUCGAGCCCGCUGCCAACGCUGCUGUGCCGGUCGUCCUUGGGGUCGCUGUCGCCCCCGAAGGAGCCUUUCGACUAUUUCCACUCAGGCGGGGAUGAAGAUGAGGAUGAAGAGGACGACGGAUACGAGCCGUCGGCUCUGGAUGAGCUGGAACUUUUGGAUUUAGAUUCUCUGUGCUGCUCGGACGAGUCCGACGAGACGUGGUUGUACGUGCCGUCCAAGGCCAGAGAGUCCAGAGACGACCACCUCCCGCCUCUGCAGUGGUGCCGGCGGCUUCUGGACUCUCCCAAAUCGGAGGUGGAGGCCGCCAGGAGGUCACUGUCCCUCCGCCUGGAACAAGUCUCCAGGUGGCGCCGCUCCCUGUCCAGCCCCUCCCCCGCCUCCUCCCCCGGCCCCCCUCUGAGUCGAGUGUCGCCCGUCAGCUCGUCCCCGAAACACUGCUCCACGCCCCAGUGGCCGGAGCGACACGCUCCAUGCCUCUCCUCCCCGCUCCACCCGGUCCUCCACCGGGCGCUGAGUCCUGUUGGGCUGGACCUCUCCCCCGCGUCCGAGAGGACUCCCACCUUCUUCCCCGCCAACCGCAGCCGCAGCCUCCGAUACUCCGGUCUCAGUCCCCAGUCGUCCAUGGACGGAGGUCUGGAGGACGACUCCAUCGCUCUGGGAUACAAACUGCAAGACCUCACCGAUGUCCAGGUCAUGGCCCGGCUGCAGGAGGAGAGUCUAAGGCAGGACUACGCCAGCACGUCGUCCCUCCUGGCCAACCGCCACAGCCAGAGCUUCAGCUUCCAGCUCAGCGCCGGCCCCGGCCUGGACGAGGAAGACGAGGAGGAGGAGGACGACGAAGACUACGGCCUCCUGCCCCCGCCGCAGCCGCGCUUCACCCGCCUGCAGCACUCCCACACCUUCACCAGCAUCCGAGACUGGCGAAGAAGCAGCAGUUCCCUGUCCACGCCGCCUUCCACCCCGUCCACGCCGCCGUACCCGUCCGCCGGGUUCGCCUUCCAGACCCUGGUACCGGGACCGGGACCGGGACUGGGCAGCCUCUACGCAGCCGAGCCCCUCGGGUUCAGACCAGGAUCGGAUAAGCUGCGAAGGAGCAUGCCUAACCUCGUCCGAGCUCCCAGCAUGCCCAGCGCGCCCAGCCCCCCCCAUCCCAGUGCUUCCCCGUCUUUGCUUCGUAACAGCCAGAGUUUCGACUCGUCGAGCGGGUUGGCUCGACUGCAGUCCUCCAUCCCGUCCCAGCUGCAGAACCGGGUCCAGAGCGUCGGGAACUUCUCCACGUUGUCACGGAAGCCGCUGAAGGCCACCGCCUACGUCAGUCCCACCAUCAAGGGCUCCGCCUCCGUGCCGACCCCCGCCGCCGGACCCCAGUGUCUGAAUAUUGGCGGCGGCAGUGGCAUCCCUAUGCUCGGUAAAGCUCCGGAUGGAGGGGGGACGCCGGGCUCCACCCCCAACACGCCCCGCAGGAGCCUGCCCCGCCCCGUCUCUUUUGUUGGCUCCACCCCCCGGAGCAAGGCGGGCCAACAAUCACGGAGUCUGCUGACGCCUCCAAAGAGCCUGUCCACCCUGAGUGCCCUCCGCGACAGCAACUGGAGAGACGGCUGCUACUGAUUGGCUGAGUGGUGCAGUGGCGACCCCCGCUGGCUGGAGUGAGCCACUGCACCUCGACGUAAACCGUCUUCCUCUGGGACGUCUGAAUGGGUUUUGACCAAAAAGCAACUUGAAUCUGCGCGAAUCCUGCAUAGAAUAGUUCCCCGUUAUCCAAAAGGGGACCAACUGGACCCGAUCCCUCAUGCCAUCCGUUUCAAUUCUAUGCAGAAUCUGUUCGGGGAAGGCGGGUUGUACGAUUUUUACUGACCGCUCCACUCUUGAGUUCAUUCUGUGCCAAGAGGGAGUUGUUCCCUGUUGCCCUUGUGCAAUAAAACCACUAGUAAUGCUAACUAAAAGAGGGCUGCCAGUUUUUAAUGAAAGAUGCCUCACAAUACUGUGUGUAUUUAUAUAUUUAUUUUAUAUGACUUUUUUAUUUAUUUUUAACUAAUCAGGUGUUUUCCCCUCUGGCAACAAGCGCCAAUGAUGCUGCUGAAAAUGAAUCCGCUCCUGUUAGUUUGGGCACAUUUGAUCUAAUUUUUACCAGACGUUAAAAUACGUCUUGUGUACAAAGCUAAAUAUUAAGUGUGCUGAUUAUAUAUUAUUAUACGAUUUAUAUAUGGUUGAAUUUUAAGUGUGACCAAAAGUAAAAUGUCUGAGUGUUUACAAAAUUGUCUCACCAUAAAAGCUGUGCAUAUUAACACUUUAUAAUUGUUUAACGCCCUAUAAGGGAUCUAUUCCUGUUGCACUUUGUACAAAUCUCUGAAUUCACUAAUAUUGUUAUGUUCUGUUUGCUAAUGUUUGCACAUUCUUUUACAUUUGACCUGGAUUUAGGAGGAGAAAAUGCUUAGUUUAAUGUUUUUUUGGGGAGAUUUCAGUUAUUACAGGGGAUAUCGUAGCACCUAUGUUUGUAAUAUUGUAUUUAAAUGACCGUUACCAAGUGGCACAUUUCACAAAAUCCUGACACUUUUGUUACUGUGAUGGACUAAAUGAAUGCAACUUUUUAAAAAUAUAAUAAUAAAUUAAAAAACACUUAAUUAAAA